AUGAAAAGUAAAGAUAUACAAAAAGUUGUAAAAAUUAAAUAUGAAAAUGGUGAGGAUCCGACCAAAAUCUAUCGUGAUUUAGCCGGAGCUGUUUCAUUACCCACGAUUAAAUUAUGGAUAAAAAUGAUCAACCUUACUGGUUCUAUCACGCUGUCGUCUCCUCCAGGUUGUCCACGCACGGUCCGUACAAAAGCCGCUAUUAUGAAAGUUAAAAGCCGUCUAAAUAAAAAGAAACGAGUGCAAGGGGGAAAAGGCGGAUCGCGGGAUUGUGGGAUUGUAUGGAUCGCAUGGAUUGCCACCGUAUCCCGGAUACGACAAUAUCAUGAAAAUCGAAAGGAUCAAAAAGUGAAAUGA